AUGAAGUUCUCAUUGACCGUUAUAUUGGGCGCGAUCGCCGCCGCCACGUGCGCCCUGCCUACGGACGAAGACUUCUCGCCCCGAAGUGAACUUGUCGCGAGGGCCAACGACUACCCUUACUCCGGAAAAUGCAAUGGCAACAAUGGCGUCGAUCCAUGGAAGUUCUAUAGAUGCUCAUGCACGAGCUUCGUCGCAUACCGCCUCAACAAAGCAGGCGUGGACUUCACCAACCACUACAAAGGUGAAGGCUGGCACGAUGCGAAGUCGUGGAACGAGGCGGCUGAGAAGGCUGGCGUCAAAGUCAACAACACUCCGAAGGUGGGAAGUGUGGCUCAGACGGAUGCUGGCUCUGCUGGCCAUGUUGCUUGGGUUACCAAGGUGGGGAAGAAGACGGUGACGGUUGAGGAGUAUAAUUGGAAUAACCCGGAGAAGUAUGGUACGAGGACCGUGCCUAAGGGGAAGUUUAGGUAUAUUCAUGUUAAGAAUUGA